AUGUCUAAAAAAAACUAUAUGACAUCAUCACAACAAAUUAGUUUAUUAGAUUCACCGAAAAAACCAUGGUCUCAUACGUUGAAAGAUCAAAUGGUGCCAACCAGUGGAGAUGUAAAUGCAUUGUUUUCAGUAUUGUUGGAUAACCUUGCCAAUAUAGCUUCGAUGGUAUCCAUCUUGGUUGCAUUUGGAAUGCCCAUGGAUUUUGUAGCACGAUAUUUUGUCCCAGGUCCAGCGAUUGCUGUGAUGCUUGGAUCCUUGUCCCUUUCGUUUUAUUCGAUUUGGUUGGAUCAUAAAUCAAAUGACCCAUCUGUUCUCUAUACAUCCAUUCCAAUUGGGUUGGAUGCACCCACGACAAUCGGUCUCCCAUUACUGGUGGUUGGACCUGCCUUUCUUCGUUCACUCGGUGCUGGUAAUAGCACUCACGACGCUUCAAUGGAUGCUUGGUUGGCUGGAUGCACAACGGUAUUUUUAAUCGGAGUAUUCAAGGUACUAUUGUCUCUAUUAAGUUUUGCUCAAGGCUACUUUCACCCGGUUGGAAAGGCAGGAGCUCUUGCAGGUAUUGGAUUGGCUCUCUUGGGUUUAAACCAACUCUUGACAAUCCUCGAGGAACCAGUUGCAGGUUGGAUAUCGCUCUGGGUUCUCUUUUUGCUAUUAUUGCACAGAGUAAACAAGACAAAUGGCCUCCCGAUUAAUAUACAGCUCCCCUUUAACCUUUCAGGCGUUUUAUUGUCUGCUGUUAUUGGCUCGCUUAUCUACUAUGUCAUGGCCGCCGCCAAGAUUUCUGUUAUUCCCAUGCCAACCGACAUUCUAUCAAACUAUGUCGUGUCAUAUCCCCAUCCUGCAGACAUUUUUAGUAGAUUUGCAUCAACCAUUCAACAAAACAUCUCUAUUGCCAUACCCUAUGCAAUUUUGGUAAACAUUGGUGGUUUGACCAUUUGUGACGCUGCAGUCACCGUCGGAAACAAUUACAACACCCGUGUUGUUCUUCUCAUUGACUCUGCCACUACAAUCAUUGGUAGUUUUCUUGGUGCCGUUACCCAAACCACUCCAUACAUUGGACACACCGUCUUUCAUCAAAAGUUUAAGGCUCGCUCUGGAUACUCGGUCAUCACUGGUGUGAUUAUUGGUUUGGGAGGUUUUUUGGGCUACAUCUCCUUCCUCACAAGCAUUUUACCAAAACCAGCCAUCAUUCCUAUUUUUAUAUUUAUUGCUUUUGAAAUUUGUUCAGAGACAUUCCAUGGAACCUUGUCUGGCAUUUUUAGACAUCAUGCACCAGCCAUCGUUUGGUCAUUCUUCCCAGCUCUCUUCCAAUUUGUAAAUAUUAUCCUCAGUCAAAUUUCUCCCACACUCUCUGACAGUGUCAUUGACCCACAAAAGGUUAUAACAAGCCUUGGGCUUGCACCCAACGUUGUCUCUAUGGUCUCGGUCAUCAUCGUACUUGCUCAUGGAUUUAUUUUAACAAGUUUACUCUGGGGAACCUCUUUGGGCUAUAUAUUGGACAAUCAGUUGGCAAAGAGCGCAAUCUUUUUGGCAAUCACUGCAUUUGUAACUUUCUUUGGUGUCAUCCAUAGUGUUAAUCCAAAUGGAGAGGUUUAUCUUCCUUGGAAUUCUGGAUCUAAUCUACCUUAUCAUUGGUCAGCUGCUUAUUUAUUGUUGGCUAUCAUUACCUAUGCCUUUUCUUUUUAUCAACCAGAUCAAUCAAAAAUUAAUUUAAAUGAUUUGGAAAAUAAUCUUAAUAAUAAUAAUAGUAGUAGUGAUAAUAAUGAUGGUAGUACUUUGGAUAUUCAAAACCAUUUUCAAGAAAAAAAAUUUUAA